AGUAAGGGUAUAUGCAUACUUUAGUGCUUAAGCUCUGUCUUGAGGCCUCAAUUCUAAUUCUGUUCAUUCAGCCCUUGUUGUUAAGUGCUUAUCUGUUUUAGGCUCUGGGCAAAAGGGCUAUCAGGCAUGACCUUAAAAAGGGUGCUUUUUUAGGUGUGACCUGCAAGAAGUACCCUUCUGGAGCAAGAGGUCUGAAGGAAGUAGGGGGAUUGAUGUCCAUUGUGGGCAGCAAGAACAGCAACUGCAAAAGUGCAGAGGCGGGUCUGAGGCACAGCAGCAAGGCCACAUGGCGGAACAGGAUGUGGAAAAUGAGCUUCUGGAUUAUGAGGAAGAUGAAGAGCCCCAGGCUCCUCCGGAGAGCACUCCUGCUCCCCCCAAGAAAGACGUCAAGGGUUCCUAUGUUUCCAUCCACAGCUCUGGCUUCCGGGACUUUCUGCUGAAGCCAGAGCUCCUGAGGGCCAUAGUGGACUGUGGCUUCGAGCAUCCAUCCGAGGUCCAGCACGAGUGUAUUCCGCAAGCCAUCCUGGGCAUGGACGUCCUGUGCCAGGCCAAGUCUGGGAUGGGCAAGACGGCGGUCUUCGUGUUGGCCACCCUGCAGCAGAUUGAGCCAGUCAGCGGACAGGUUUCAGUCCUGGUCAUGUGCCACACGCGGGAGCUCGCCUUCCAGAUCAGCAAAGAGUAUGAACGCUUCUCCAAGUACAUGCCCAGUGUCAAGGUGUCUGUGUUCUUCGGGGGCCUUUCCAUCAAGAAGGAUGAAGAAAUACUGAAGAAGAACUGUCCCCAUGUCGUAGUGGGGACACCAGGCCGAAUCCUGGCACUAGUGCGGAACAGGAGCCUGAACCUGAAGAACGUGAAACACUUCGUGCUGGACGAGUGUGACAAGAUGCUGGAGCAACUGGACAUGCGGCGGGACGUGCAGGAGAUCUUCCGGCUGACGCCUCACGAGAAGCAGUGCAUGAUGUUCAGCGCCACCCUGAGCAAGGAGAUCAGGCCUGUCUGCAGGAAGUUCAUGCAAGACCCCAUGGAGGUGUUUGUGGAUGAUGAGACCAAGCUCACGCUACACGGACUGCAGCAGUACUAUGUCAAGCUCAAGGACAGUGAGAAGAACCGCAAGCUCUUUGAUCUCUUGGAUGUGUUGGAGUUUAACCAGGUGGUGAUCUUCGUGAAGUCAGUGCAGCGCUGCAUGGCCCUGGCCCAGCUCCUUGUGGAACAGAACUUCCCGGCCAUCGCUAUCCACAGGGGCAUGGCCCAGGAGGAGCGUCUGUCGCGCUAUCAGCAGUUCAAAGACUUCCAGCGGCGGAUCCUGGUGGCCACCAAUCUGUUUGGCCGAGGGAUGGACAUUGAGCGAGUCAACAUCGUCUUCAACUACGACAUGCCCGAGGACUCAGACACCUACCUCCACCGAGUGGCCCGUGCAGGUCGCUUUGGGACCAAAGGUCUGGCUAUCACUUUUGUAUCUGAUGAGAAUGAUGCCAAAAUCCUCAAUGACGUUCAGGACAGGUUUGAGGUGAACGUGGCCGAACUUCCUGAAGAAAUCGACAUCUCCACAUAUAUUGAGCAGAGCCGGUAACCACGCGCUGAUGGCCAGAGCUGCCCUGUUUCCCGAGUGCUGCUUCUAGGCUUCUUUCUAGGUGCCAGUGGGCCUGCCUUUUUACUGUUUAAAAGCUGUAGAUUUGUGUAAGAGUAAAGUUUUAUUAUGGAA